GGCUACCGGACCCAGUGUUCCGACAUCCCGCGCUGGAAGAUGUCAACCUUGCCGAGAAGAGCCAAGAUACAGGCCCAGACUGUGAAAUCCCAAGAUGAAUUUUCUUACUUCUCUGAGCCGUCAUCUGCCUCAGAAGAAGAUGACGAGGAAGAUAGUAUCUGGGAACCCCAAAAGAAAGUUUCCAGAAGCCGGAAGCCAUCUGCGCCCAAGGAAUCCAAACCAAAACGUGGGCCUCGGGUAAAGAAGAGCCCCCGGCAGAGGGGUGCUGGCUCAGAACCUGUGGCUGUUAAGGAGGAGCCGGACACCUCUGUGGCUAUUGCUGAUGUUGAUUUGGAAGAGAACAAGAAUAAAGCGGGUACGGCACAGACUCUGAAAACAGCGAGGGCAAAACGGAAACCUUCAGCCCAGAGGACCAAGAAGCUAAAAGUUGAUGAGGAAGCCAGCCGAGCCUGUCCCACCGAGGGAGGGUGCAGUAAUACAGAGACCCCGUCCACGAGCUCCGCGUGCGAAGGGGGCUGCAAGAGAGAGAACGAUGGGGCUGACUUCCCCUUGAAUGAGCCCGCUUUGAAAAGAGUGAAGACCGAAGCGUGUCCUGAGGGGCAGCCUGCCAAGUUUGCAGCGGGUGCCAACAGCAUUAAAGAGGAGGUGGAGAUGAACUGGGACAUAGUCCAGGUUUUAUGUGAGAGAACUAAUAUUGAACCUUGGGUCUGUGCAAAUAUCAUUCGUCUCUUUAAUGAUGACAACACAAUUCCCUUCAUUGUCCGCUAUCGGAAGGAGCUCAUUAAUAACCUUGAUGCCGAUUCCCUGAGAGAAAUUAGACAGGCACUGGAGGAGCUACGGGCUGUUGCCAAGAAGGUUCAUAGCACUAUCCAGAAAAUUAAGAAGGAAGAGAAGAUGUCCGAGUGCUUGCUGAAAGCCUUGCUGAACUGUAAAACAUUUGAAGAGCUGGAGCACGUAUCUGCGCCAUAUAAAACGGGGAACAAGGGCACCAAAGCCCAGCGAGCUAAGCAGUUAGGAUUAGAAGGAGCGGCCUGGACGCUGCUUGAGAACCCGGGGCGACUCAACCUGCUGUCCUACAUCAAGCCCGACGUGACAGGGCUGGCUGAGCUCCAGGACAUCGAAAUGGGAGUACAGCAUAUUUUAGCAGACAUGAUUGCUAAAGACAAAGACACGCUUGACUUCAUCCGGGACUUAUGCCAACGUAGAUACAUUUGUAUCCAGUCAUCUCUGGCAAAAGUGUCCUCAAAAAAAGUAAAUGAGAAAGACGUUGGUAAGUUUCAGCUUUACCAGAACUUUUCAUGCAACAUAAGAGACAUCCAGCAUCACCAGAUCCUGGCAAUUAACCGUGGAGAGAAUUUGAAGAUACUGACAGUCAAGAUCAAUAUUCCCGAUGGAAUGAGGAAUGAAUUCUGUAGGUGGUGCAUUCAACACAGGUGGAGGCCACGUGGCUUUGCAAGGCCAGAGUUGAUGAAGAUCUUGCAUAAUUCACUGGAUGAUUCCUUUAAACGCCUUAUCGUUCCCCUCCUCUGUAGAGAGUUCAGAGCCAAGCUGACAUCCGACGCUGAGAAGGAGUCGGUGAUGAUGUUUGGAAAGAACCUUCGCCAGCUCCUCCUGACGAGCCCUGUUCCAGGACGGACACUGAUGGGCGUGGAUCCUGGGUACAAGCACGGCUGCAAAUUAGCUAUCAUUUCUCCUACUAGCCAGAUACUUCAUACAGAUGUGGUUUACUUGCACUGUGGACAAGGUUUCCGAGAGGCAGAGAAAAUAAAGAGACUUUUGCUGGAUUUCAAUUGCAGCACCGUGGUGAUUGGAAAUGGAACUGCCUGCCGGGAAACCGAAGCUUACUUUGCCGAUCUGAUAAUGAAAAACUACUUUGCGCCACUGGAUGUUGUUUACUGCAUCGUCAGUGAAGCAGGAGCCUCAAUCUACAGUGUCAGCCCCGAGGCGAACAAAGAGAUGCCCGGGCUGGAUCCCAACCUGAGAAGUGCAGUUUCCAUAGCAAGGCGUGUACAAGAUCCAUUAGCUGAGCUAGUGAAAAUUGAGCCGAAGCACAUUGGAGUUGGAAUGUAUCAGCAUGAUGUGUCCCAGACUUUACUUAAGGCAACGCUGGACAGUGUUGUGGAAGAAUGCGUCAGCUUUGUGGGAGUAGAUGUUAACAUCUGUUCCGAAGUUUUGCUGAGGCAUAUUGCAGGACUCAAUGCCAACAGAGCCAAAAGUAUUAUUGAAUGGCGAGAGAAAAAUGGCCCCUUCAUCAACCGAGAGCAGUUGAAGGAAGUGAAAGGGCUUGGUCCCAAAUCCUUCCAGCAGUGCGCUGGGUUCAUCCGAAUCAACCAGGCUUACAUUCGGACAUGCUGCAGCAGUAGUCAGCAAACCGGAUCUUCAGGCCCAAGUCAAGGAGUUGCCGCGACAUCUGCAGGUGCCAAGGUCACCGAUGAGAAGCAAGGCAAAAAGAAGAGCAAAGCCGCAGCAAGCGUUGAACUGAAGCCAAAUCCUCUGGACCAGACUUGUAUCCAUCCGGAGUCAUAUGACAUCGCCACGAGGUUUUUGUCACUCAUUGGAGGAACCCUGAGUGAGAUCGGGAAGCCCGAAAUGCAACAGAAGAUAAACUUAGCCCUCCAAAAGGAAGGAAUAGAGCAAACCGCAGACAAGUUGCAAACGACAGCGUCCACUUUACAGGUCAUCAUAGAUGGUCUGAGCCAGCCGGAAAGCUUUGACUUUCGAACAGAUUUUGACAAACCUGACUUCAAAAGAAGCAUAGUGUGUCUAGAAGAUCUGCAGGUUGGGACGGUGCUCACAGGCAAGGUGGAGAAUGCCACUCUGUUUGGGGUCUUUGUGGAUAUAGGAGUUGGGAAAUCAGGGCUGAUUCCUAUAAGAAACAUAACAGAAGCGAAGCUUUCUAAAACGAAAAAGAGAAGGAGCCUCGGCCUGGGCCCCGGAGAAAGAGUUGAAGUCCAAGUGCUUAACAUAGACAUCCCCCGGUCCAGGAUUUCUCUGGACCUCGUCCGGGUCUUGUGAGUACCACCCUGAAGGCCAGACACUAGUUUGACAUCCCUGUUUCUACGGAUUGACAAGGAUAAGUAAGACAUU